CCUCCUUAUAGCAAAAUUACGGCGAAUGAGCCGCUAAAAGGAUUAUGCGUGAAAUUUUGAACGCAUCGGAUCACAUUUCUUCAUCUUCUUCUUCAUCGUCUUCUUCAUCUAUGUCUUCUCCAUGUUUGAGAUUGCGUAAUCUCUGCAAAACCCACGCGUCAGCCAUUAAAGAGCUGCACUGAAGCUUUAGUUGACGUGUCUACUACUUGGAGACUGACUGGCAUUAGACUCUCCAGCCAACAAUUGUUUCUUUCCUAUUCUUUUCUUAGGGCGGGAAGCUGCCGAAUUCACUCAAAACCAAAAAAUAAAACAGUCUUUGUUCUAGACAAAGCCAGAGCUCCUACCUUCCCAUUCUCUCUCCUUAUCAUUCUUCAUCUUCAUUCCCUAGGGUUUAUUUCAAAUCAUUAAAAAAAGGUUUUUUCUUUAUCAAUUUAUCUUAUUUAACAAGGGUUUUCGGUUUCGAUUGAUUUUCUUCCCUGACGAUGGCCCUUCGGAGGGGUUCCAAGGUCUGGGUUGAAGACAAGGAUACUGCUUGGGCCCCUGCUGAAGUUCUCGAUUUUGUUGGGGGUAACAAGGUUCAAGUUUUUACGCAGUCUGGGAAGAAGAUUUUAAGUUUGCCUGAGAAAUUGUUCCCAAGAGAUGCAGAAGCUGAUAUUGGAGGAGUUGAUGAUAUGACUAGAUUAACAUAUUUGAAUGAGCCUGGAGUUCUUGAUAACUUGCAGAGGAGAUAUCCUCUUAACGAGAUAUAUACAUACACUGGAAGCAUCUUGAUUGCUGUUAAUCCAUUCACGAAGCUCCCUCAUCUUUAUAAUGUGCACAUGAUGGAACAAUACAAGGGAGCUGUAUUUGGUGAGCUAAGCCCCCAUGUAUUUGCUGUGGCUGAUGCGUCCUACAGGGCAAUGAUAUAUGAUGGUAAAAGUCAAUCUAUUCUAGUUAGUGGAGAAAGUGGGGCUGGUAAGACUGAGACAACCAAAUUGAUUAUGCAAUACCUUACUUAUGUUGGAGGACGUGCUGCUAGUGAUGAACGAAUAGUGGAACAACAAGUCCUUGAGUCAAAUCCACUUCUGGAGGCAUUUGGUAAUGCAAGAACUGUCAGAAAUGACAAUUCAAGUCGUUUUGGCAAAUUUGUUGAGAUUCAGUUUGAUGACAAUGGUCGGAUUUCUGGUGCUGCCAUUAGGACCUAUCUUCUUGAAAGAUCUCGAGUAGUUCAAAUCACAGAUCCUGAGAGGAACUACCAUUGCUUUUAUCAGUUGUGUGCAUGUGCAGGGGAUGCUGAGAAAUACAAGCUAGGCCAUCCCAGCAAUUUUCAUUACUUAAACCAAAGUAAGAUCUAUGAAUUAGAUGGAGUGAGCAAUGAAGAAGAAUACAUGAAGACCCGAAGAGCUAUGGAGAUUGUUGGCAUUAGUCAAGAAGAACAGGAGUCCAUAUUCAGGACUUUGGCUGGGAUUCUACAUCUGGGAAAUAUUGAAUUCUCUCCUGGAAAAGAGCAUGAUUCAUCUGUUGUGAAGGAUCAGAAUUCAACCUUCCACUUAGAGACGGCUGCUAAUCUUUUUAUGUGUGACAUAGAUCUUUUGGUAGCCACAUUGUGCACACGAUCAAUUCAAACUCGUGAAGGCAUCAUUGUUAAAGCUCUGGAUCACAAUGCUGCUGUUGCUAGCAGGGAUGCAUUGGCAAAGACCAUUUAUUCCCGGCUAUUUGAUUGGCUUGUUGAAAAGAUUAAUAGGUCUAUUGGGCAGGACCAAUCCUCGAAGAUGCAGAUUGGGGUGCUCGACAUAUAUGGAUUUGAAUGCUUCAAAAGCAACAGCUUUGAACAAUUUUGCAUUAACUUUGCCAAUGAAAAGCUUCAACAACAUUUCAAUGAGCAUGUAUUUAAGAUGGAGCAAGAAGAGUACCAAAAGGAAGAAAUCAACUGGAGUUAUAUUGAGUUCAUAGACAAUCAAGAUGUUCUUGAUCUGAUUGAGAAGAAGCCUAUUGGGAUAAUUUCUCUGUUGGAUGAAGCUUGCAUGUUUCCUAAAUCUACUCAUGAAACAUUUGCAACCAAGCUAUUUCAGAAUUUCCGGUCCCAUCCAAGGUUGGAGAAGGCAAAAUUUUCUGAGACAGAUUUUACGGUGUCUCAUUAUGCUGGCAAGGUUACUUAUCAAACAGACUCGUUUUUGGACAAGAAUCGUGAUUAUGUGGUGGUUGAACACUGCAAUCUUAUGUCUUCUUCAACUUGCACUUUCAUUGCCGGUCUAUUUCCUUCACUACAAGAAGAAUCUUCAAGGUCCUCGUAUAAAUUUUCUUCUGUAUCGUCCAGGUUUAAGUUACAACUUCAAGCUUUGAUGGAGACACUCAAUUCAACAGAGCCACAUUAUGUUCGUUGUGUGAAACCAAACUCGUUGAAUCGACCUCAAAAAUUUGAGAACCAUAGUAUCUUGCAUCAAUUACGUUGUGGGGGUGUUCUGGAGGCUGUUCGAAUAAGUUUGGCUGGUUAUCCAACACGGAAAACUUAUAACGAGUUUGUUGAUCGCUUUGGAUUAUUAGCUUUGGAAAUAAUGGAUAGAAGUUAUGAUGACAAAAUGACGACGGAGAAAAUAUUGCAAAAGCUGAAGCUUGAAAAUUACCAGUUAGGGAGGACAAAAGUUUUCCUAAGGGCGGGUCAAAUAGCUGUUUUAGAUGUACGCCGUGCUGAAGUUUUAGAUGCUGCUGCAAAAUGUAUUCAGGGAAGACUUCGAACAUUUUUCACACGCAGGGAUUUUAUCUCAACAAAGACUGCAGCUACCUGUCUUCAAGCAUUUUGCAGAGGGUGUUUGUGCAGGAAAAUGUAUGAAGCCUUACGAAAGACCAAAGCUGCAAUUACCAUACAAAUGCAUGUCCGCAAAUGGAUUUUGUGUUCUGCCUAUGUUCGGCUGCGCUCUUCAUGUGUAACUGUACAAUCUGGAAUUCUUGGAUUCUUGGUGCGACAAAGAUUUUUGCAUAGAAGGGAACACAGAGCUGCAACUUUAAUUCAGGCUUACUGGAGGAUGUGCAAGGUCCGUUCAGCGUUCCGUCAGCGUCAUACUAAUAUUAUUAAAGUACAAUGUCUAUGGAGGCAAAAGUUGGCAAAAAGAGUUUUCCGGAGGCUUAAACAGGAGGCAAACGAGGCAGGUGCUUUGCGUUUGGCAAAGAAUAAACUUGAACGACAGUUGGAAGAACUUACAUGGAGAUUGAAGCUAGAGAAGAAAUUAAGAGUCUCCAGUGAAGAUGCCAAGACAGGAGAGAGUUCGAAGCUUCAGAAGAUGGUGGGUUCUUUAAAACUUGAAUUGGAUGCAGCAAAAUUGGCAAUUGUCCACGAGUCCAACAAGAAUGCAGUACUGCAACAUCAGUUAGAACUAUCAUUGAAGGAGAAAUCUGCUCUCGAAAAGGAAAUGAGUGCAAUGGCUGAACUACGGAGUCAGAACACAUAUCUAAAGAAUUCUUUAGUUGCCCUUGAAGAAAAGAACUCAGCCUUGAAUGUUGAGCUAGUGAAGUCUAGAAGAGAAACAAGUGAUGCGGUUGAAAAUUUGUUGGAUGUUCAAAAAACAUGUGCAAACCUCCAAGAAAGUUUGCGAAGCUUGGAGGCAAAGCUUGCCAAUAUGGAUGAUGAAAAUCUUGUGUUGCGGCAAAGGACCUUGGAUGCCUCUCCCAAAAGCAACCGCUCUGGGCUUGCUAAGCCAUAUUUUGAUAAAUACUCUAGUGCCCUUGCACUUUCACAUCCCAAUAGGAAACUUGGAUUUGAAACUCCUACUCCCACAAAACAUAUAGCAUCUAUUCCUCGAAGUUUGUCAGACUCUCGCAGGACAAAAUCUACAUUGGAUAGGAGCCAGGAGAACUAUGAUCUACUUGCAAGAUGUAUAAAGGAGGAUUUGGGUUUUCAUGAUGGAAAACCGGUAGCAGCUUGUGUGAUAUAUAAGUGCCUUGUCCAUUGGCAUGCCUUUGAGUCUGAGAGGACAACUAUUUUUGACUAUAUUAUUGAAGGGAUUAAUGAUAGCUUGAAGGUGGGAGAGGAGACUGUUAUCUUGCCUUACUGGUUGUCCAAUGCUUCAGCACUUCUAUGCCUCCUGCAGAGGAAUAUACGUUCUAAUGGGUUUCUACCUGCAACAUCUCAGCGUUCUGGAGGAUCAGUCCUCAAUGGGAGGGUUGCACAAGCCAUUAAAUCUCCUUUCAAACGAGCUGGUUUGGAGGACGGAAUUUCACACUUGGAAGCAAGGUAUCCGGCAAUUCUGUUCAAACAGCAAUUAACAGCAUGUGUAGAGAAGAUUUUUGGUUUGAUUCGUGACAAUUUGAAGAAAGAGAUAUCUCCUUUGUUGAAUUCCUGCAUUCAGGCUCCCAAAACCCAACGGGGACAUGGUGGAAAGUCAUCUAGAUCACCUGGCCAUACACCUCAGCCAUCAACAAAUAGCCAGUGGGACAGUAUCAUACAGUUCUUGGAGUCCUUGAUGAGUCGUCUACAUGGAAACCAUGUGCCUUCAUUUUUCAUUCGUAAGAUAAUGACUCAAGUAUUCUCCUUCGUUAAUAUAUCACUUUUCAAUAGUCUUUUGCUUCGGCGAGAAUGUUGCACAUUUUCAAAUGGGGAAUACGUUAAAUCUGGUUUGGCUGAACUCGAGAAAUGGAUAGUCGCUGCAACAGAGGAGUUUGCAGGAACCUCGUGGCAUGAAUUGAAUUUCAUUAGACAAGCUGUUGGCUUUCUGGUAAUACAUCAGAAGAGGAAGAAGUCCCUUAAAGAGAUCAUGCAGGAUCUUUGUCCAGUGUUGACUGUUAGACAAAUUUAUAGAAUAAGUACCAUGUACUGGGACGACAAAUAUGGCACUCAGAGUGUUUCAAAUGAGGUGGUAGCUCAGAUGAGGGAAAUUUUGAACAAGGACUCUCAGAAUCUUGCUUCAAAUUCUUUUCUGUUGGAUGAUGAUCUAAGCAUACCCUUCUCGACAGAAGACAUAGACAUGGCACUUCCAAUGCUAGAUUUGUCGGUUGUUCAACUGCCCAAGUUCCUAACAGAGUAUCCUUCCUUACAAUUAUUGGACAAACAUCAGAAGUAGAAUACCAUUUUUAGGUGGGUAUUUUUCUAAUCUUUGUAGAAUUAUUUUGCCUUCAUUAUCAUCAUCACAUGUUUAAUGCUGGCAAAAUGAUGCAGUACAGUAGGAAGAUGAAAUUAAUGGGGACCAAUAUUGUAGUGUUGUUAUCGGUAGACAUUAGUGUAUACUUUAAACACAACUGGUGGGCGUUCAAGUUCAAAUUCAUACACAUGAAAGUCUUCGUCGGUUGUAAAAAUCUGUACAGGAACGGCAUGUCAUGCUCGAUGCUGUUUUUCAAAUUAUUAUUCUUAUGAAGCUUGAUUAUUUUUAGAUCCA